GUCACUAUUGUAACCACAUCUGAGGAAGACGCUUCAGCCAUCACUAUGCUGUAUUUAGGACUGAGCUGUUUGCUGCUUCAUGUGUUUGUGGUGUUUGGGACUGAGCUCACGUUUGAGCUCCCUGAUAACGAUAAACAGUGUUUCUACGAGGAACUAGAGAAAGACGUGAAGUUUGACAUAGACUUCCAAGUGAUUUCAGGAGGGAAUUAUGAUGUGGACUGUUUUGUCACAGAUCCUCAAAACAACGUCUUAUAUAACGAGAAAAAGAAGCAGUACGACAGCUUCUCUCACACCACAGCUAUGAAGGGAGUCUACAAAGUCUGCUUUAGCAAUGAAUUCUCCACUUUUACACACAAAAUUGUGUACCUGGAGUUCCGACAUGGUGAUGAGGAGCCUCUCCUGCCGGGCAUGACAAGAACCACAGCGCUGACUCAGCUCGAGUCGACAUGCGUCUCCAUUCAUGAGAUCCUGAAGGUGGUGGCUGAUUCCCAGACGUGGUACAGGCUACGAGAGGCACAUGACCGCACGAAGGCAGAGCACCUCUUAGAGCGGGUCACCUUCUGGUCAGUUGGAGAAACCGUCCUGCUGUUUGUCAUUGGCAUCGGUCAAGUCAUGUUGCUUAGGAGCUUCUUCACCGAUAAGAAAGGUUCUGUGGCAGCAAUGACUUGAAGGCAGUAGAAGCCUGAUGUGAACGCAGCAGUGCAUCUGGAGAUUAGCACACAUCUUGUAGUAUUUUCAGCGAAUCCUUUGUUAAAGGGAUAUUUCAAGUAAUUGUCUUAUUUCUUCUAGCUUACUCAGUGUGAAUAUCAUUUUUGUUUUGUUCUUGACAUGCUAUAUUGAAAAGAAACACCACUCAUCAUACUUUUUGUUGAAAAUGAUAUUCACAUUGUUAAAUCUUGCACAGAUUAUUUAUUUUAUUUUUUAUAGAGGUCUGAUAAAGCAGUUUCAGAUACAUCUACAGUGUCUGUUCAUGACCCAGAUUGCCUUAGGACUGGAUUUUCAUCUUGAUGCCCAGCAUUUACAGUGAAAGCUGUGGCACGCAAGCAGAAACCAAAGAACUGGUGUUUGUGAUUGUUAGUUUUAUGUGUUUUAUAGUGUUUAGUUUAAAAUUCUAAUCUUAAUUUAUGUGCAAAAGUUUUUCCCAUCCAUGCAGGGUUUUUCUCUCCUAUAAAAAGUGCCUUAAGCAAGUUUUUUCCCCCCUAAUUUCCUACAAAAGUGAACGUUUACUGUUUUUGUUAUUAUGUGUCAUCCUGUUGUUACUGAUUGAUUGGAUUCUUGGCUUUCAUUCAUGCACAUCUCGAUGUAAACUUGUGUCCGUGUUAUUUCAUAAGAAGAAAUGUUUAAUGGAUAUGUUGUCAGUCCCUCAGUCAUUUGUUUAUUUGUCUGUUUAUCUCUGAAACAUGUCAACAGAUUUAAAUAAAAUUUGAUGGAAAGUCA